AUGUCGACACUUCCGUCAGAAACCAGCACUUCCGACAAUAAUAAUGACUUCGGAUCCCUUAGCAACCAGCCUUUUGCCUGGGUGCUUAUCCCGCUUGUCAUUUUCGUAUUAAUCGGCAUCGUCACCACCAUCUAUCAGGUCCGUCGGCGGCGUCGCCGCCGCGCUCUCCAGCAAUGGCCUGGUGGAAGUACCCUGACGGCGGGUGGGCGUGUUGACGCCGCCAGGCCGCGAGAGAACCGGCGUAGAUUGGGGUUUGGCACAACUCGCUCGGAGGAAGGCUUGAAUGAGCUGGGUGAAGCGCCGCCGCCGUAUGCUGGAAAGAAGGACGGCCAACAGGACGACGGGACGGAGCUGCGGGACUUGGAAGCCGGGGAGGCUAGCCCGCCGGAAUAUCCUGCGGAGCCUGUACCGGCGGUGACGACGGAGACCCGGAGAUCUGUCUGA